AUGGUUAAAUUGGGUGGAGAACGUAACUUUUGGGAUGAGAAAGCAGCCAAUCAAGUGCUCGAAAGAGUGAUUGAAACGAUGAGACAGCAAUUAGAAGAGAAAGAUCUGGAGAUUUCUCGGCUCAAUGAGGAGUUGAAGAAACACCAAAAGCCGGCUGGGAAAAUGGACGAGAAGGCGGUUGAGGGAUUGGUGGAGCUGUUGGAGCAAAAACUCUCCGGUCAACGCAAGGAAUGCCCAUCGUGUGAGCCCGACGGUCCGCCGCCACUUUUCAGUAAACUAUGGAUCUGCACAGAACAUUUUGAGGCAAAACACAAAAAAUCGAUUACCGAGGUGCCAUUAGAUGAGAUCGAGGAAAUUGUGAAUCAGGAAGUGAUUUGCGCUGAUUGCAUCCAACACUCGCACAGGAGAUGUCAAAAGGAUAUGACGAAUUUGCUGGAGUUGAAGAAACUCUACAUAUGUGAAAAGAUGCGUCAAUUCUUGGAAAUGAUCAAAUGGAAAGAGAGAAUCGGAGAAAGAGUGCCGAAAACGAGUGCAGAAUCGGCUGAAGAAAGAAUCCGGAAGAAAAUCGAUGAUUUGAUGCAAGGAACACUGAAAGCUACGGAUGUUGAUGUAAAAGUGGAACAUUUAGUGGAAUCGUUGAAGAGAUUCGCGCAAGCAACAGCUGAUAUGGAGACACAAAUGGAGGAAACGAUGAGAAAUAUGAUCAUGAUCGAGAAUAACGCUCAAACGGUU